AUGAGCACUUAUAGGGCGCCGUCCAAAGAGGGCGCAUCGCUGCGUGCCGAGGCGGAGGCGCCCUUCCGCUCGCUGCGCCUGUUCCUGUUUGGUGCCGGCGCCGCGUCGGCUGCGCUGGCCACGCUCUUUGGCCUGCCUAGCUUGAUCGGCGCGCUGUCGGGUGCCCCGGGGGCGACCAAGUCGAUUGCGGAGGCUUUGCAAGAUCUGGCCAUCAACGUCGGCAGCGUGAGCGUGCUGGGGUACCUGGUGGUCCGGGACCUGCAGGCCAGGGACAUCCAGAUGGCGCGGCUGAUGCGGGAGGAUGAGCUGGGGGCCUGCCAGUUGGAGCUGGCCAACGGCCGCGUGCUGCGGCUGGCGCAGCUCAGGGGCUUUGCGCGGGUGGUGCUGAUGGCGGGCACGCCGCAGCAGGUGGCGGCGGCGCUCGCGGGCGCAGAGCCCUACAAGCAGCAGCUGCAGGAGCGGGGGGUGCUUGUGGUGCCGCUGCCCUUUGGCACCAGCACCGAGGGUGGCGAGGGCAGCAGCAGCGGCAGUGGCGACGCGGCGGCGGCCAGCCUGGCGCCACCUGGCGCCGACGAGCUGAGGUGGCGAGCCACCGCCAUCCGCAUGGACGACUGGCGCCGCUGGUUUGAGCAGCAGGCCAAGCUGGCCAACAAGACGCUGGAUGGCGGGCUGUAUGUCAGCCUGCGCCUAGAUGGGCGGGUGCGGGGCAGCGGCCGCGGUGCGCCCCCCUGGGGCAUCAUGGCUGCCCAGCUGCCACCCACAGACGGCUUCUUCGGAGGCUUCCUGGACGGCAUGGAUGGCAAGGUUGGAGGGGGUUGA